UACUCGCGAUACCGCAACCCGGAUCGAAGCGUCGUCGUCGGCGCGUCGUCGUCGAGCUCGGCGUCCUUUUCGUCUCGCAUCGCCUCCGCGCGUCGCAUCGCCGCGACGCGCGCGUCGUACGUCUCCCUGCUUCUCGCCGUCGACGUCGGCGGCGGUUUCCCGAGUCCGUACGCCUCCGCGCGCGGCGUCUCGAGCGCGCGCGUCACCGCGACCGUCGCCGCCGUCGUCAUCAACCGUCGCCUCGACGCGCCUUCGCUCGCGCGCGUCGCCGCGCGCGUCGCCGCGCGCGUCGUCGAGCGUCGCGUCGACGCGCCCGCGUUCGUCCGCGACGCCGCGCGCGUCCGCAUCGCCGCGCGUCGCGCGCCGUCGUCUCGCGCGCGAUCGAAUCGUCGCGAUCGAUCGACGCCAUUCCGUCGCGCGCGCGCGGAUUCGACGCUCGAGCGAUGGCGCUCCCGGCCAAGGCGGCGAACGCGAACCCGUCGCUGGUGCUGCCGUCCGAGCUCGUCGAGCGGUGCGUCGGGAGCCCGCUGUGGGUGCUCAUGAAGAGCGAGCGAGAGUUGGUCGGGACGCUGCGAGGCUUCGACGUGUACGUCAACAUGGUGCUCGAGGACGUCACGGAGUACGAGACGACGGCGGAGGGACGGCGGGUGACGGGGCGGUUGGAUCAGAUCCUGCUGAACGGGAACAACAUCGCGAUGCUGGUGCCGGGGGGGGGGCCGGAGUAG